AUGGGCGGCCAAACGUCGCGCAUGCUGCGCUCGAUCGCCGAGGACUCGACGUACAUCAUCCGACAGACGAACCACACGACGUACCAGCGCAGUCGUGUGGCGCAUGAAGAAGUGCAGUCGAAGCUCGAGGACCUCCGCCGUCUCAAGCACGAGAUGCUGCAGUCGGCCGAGCGCGACGCGCAGCGCUCCCACGUCUUUGAGUCGUUUCAACACUCAGUUGGGAAGCACAAACAGGCGCUCGAUGAGCAGACGGAAGGAUUUGUCAAGCAGUUUGAGCUGCCUGAGAGCUGCCGCAAGAUCGCAGAUCUCCAUCGCCGGGACGUGCAGGAAGCCAGGGAAAAGGCAGACAAGGACGCCUCUUAUGGGGUCCUGCACAAGACGGAAGAUUGA